GCCGUGGCCGGCAGAGGAAAAUGGCGGAGGAGCGCUGAGGGACGGGACAGGACCGCGUCGGGACAGCUGAGCCGUUCACCGCGCCCGGGCCGGGCCGCACCGCGCCGCCCCGCCUCCACCGAGGGUCCCCCAUGGCCACGGGGACAUCCCGGCAGCCGCGUCUCUGAUGCGUCUGCUCCGGCCGCGCAGUUGCCGAGCCCUGCUGAGCGCCCAGGCCUGACCCGUUGGGCCUGACCCGCCGCCGUCCCGAGGCGUCUGCGCCGGGCAGGGGCCGGGGAGGGGGACGGAGGCAGCGCCGGCCCGGCCCCAGCCCGGCCCGCGGAGGAGCAGCAGCCUUUUCGGGCCCAGCCCUCAGCAGCCCCGCCGUCAGGAUGUCCGAGAACCAGCCGAACGCCAACAACCACCACCCGGCCAACAACGCCGGCGCCGCCGGCGGUAACAACCGGGGCGUCCGCAACCCCAACCUCAACCAGAACCCCCUGAUCAACGUGCGCGACCGCCUCUUCCACGCGCUGUUCUUCAAGAUGGCAGUGACCUACGCGCGCCUCUUCCCUCCCUCCUUCCGCCGCAUCUUCGAGUUCUUCGUUCUUCUGAAGGCUCUCUUUGUGCUCUUCAUCCUGGCCUACAUCCACAUCGCCUUCUCCCGCUCUCCCAUCAACUGCCUGGAGCACGUGCGGGAUAAGUGGCCCCGUGAUGGCAUCUUGAGGGUGGAAAUCCAGCGCAACUCCAGCCGGGCCCCCAUCUUCCUGCAGUUCUGUGGGGUUGAGAAGUUCCCAGGAAUGGUGGUUGAGUCCACGACUGAGGAAGAGGAGGAGGAAGAGGAAGAAAUGACUGUGGAUAUGUUUGAAAACAGCUCCAUCAAGUUUGAGCUGGAUAUCGAGCCCAAGGUGUUCCUCAAGCCAUCCCGGGUGAGCAGCACUGAGCUGCCCCACAACGACAGCCAGGAGUUCUCGUUUAGUGACGCAGGCACUAAAGGUAUGCAGCCUCUGCGGGAGACUGUGUCCGAGUUUGAGAUGCUAGCCCGAGCAGUGUGGCCACAGGAGGAGUACAUUGUGGAAUACUCUCUGGAAUACGGCUUCCUGCGCCUGUCCCAGAGCACACGGCAGCGCCUCAGCAUCCCCGUCAUGGUGGUCACCCUGGAUCCUACCAGGGAUCAGUGCUUUGGGGACAGGUUCAGCCGCCUGCUGCUGGAUGAGUUCCUGGGCUACGAUGACAUCCUGAUGUCAAGUGUCAAAGCUUUAGCUGAAAAUGAGGAAAACAAAGGUUUCCUUCGCAAUGUGGUGUCUGGGGAGCAUUAUCGCUUUGUCAGCAUGUGGAUGGCCAGGACAUCCUACCUGGCAGCCUUUGUCAUCAUGGUCAUCUUCACUCUCUCUGUCUCGAUGCUGCUGCGCUACUCACACCAUCAGAUCUUUGUCUUCAUCGUUGAUCUGUUGCAGAUGCUGGAGAUGAACAUGACCAUUGCAUUCCCUGCUGCUCCACUCCUCACUGUCAUCCUGGCUCUGGUCGGUAUGGAGGCCAUAAUGUCUGAGUUCUUCAAUGACACCACAACUGCAUUCUACAUCAUCCUCAUCGUGUGGCUGGCGGACCAGUAUGACGCCAUCUGCUGCCACACCAACACCAGCAAGAGGCACUGGCUCAGAUUCUUCUACUUGUACCACUUUGCCUUCUACGCCUACCACUACCGCUUCAACGGGCAGUACAGCAGCCUGGCACUUGUCACCUCCUGGCUCUUCAUCCAGCACUCGAUGAUUUACUUCUUCCACCACUAUGAGCUGCCAGCCAUCCUGCAGCAGAUCCGGAUCCAGGAGAUGCUGCUGCAGAACCAGCAGGUCGGGCAGGGCACCCAGACCACGCUGCAGGACAACCUCAACAACAACACCACAGCUGCUCCAGUGGAGGCUGGGGGCCGCCGAGCCCCGCUGGCCACCGGGCCCCCCGGGGAGGGCAGCGGCCCAGCCGCCCUGACCCCCGGCGAGGCCUCCAGCGUCAUCGCCGCCGCCGCCUCCGUGGGCAGUGACCUCAACUGGGUGGCUGAGACAGCUGCCAUCGUGACAGAGGCCUCGUUUCUGUCUGACCUGAGCACCACCCUCCUGGAGCCCACCAUGGUGCACGAAGCCGUGGCCAAUGGGACCCCUCAGGAGGCGGCCACGGCCUCCGGGUUGGUCGCCCGCAUCAGGGUCAGCAGCGAGCACCCAGAGACGGCCGUGGGCUCCAUCACCAUCGAGGUCACCUCAACGUCCGUGGUGGCUGCAGCAGAUGCUCCCCCUGCUGCUGGGGCUGCACCCCCUGCCCCGCUGGAGGAGGGGGCGGUGCCCAGCCCCUCCCUUCCCAAGCAGACUGAGGCUCUCGAGGGCUCAGACAGCCGAGCAAAACCCAGCGGCAAAAACUGCACAGGCAGCAGCAGCAGCAUGGCAGAGCCCCUGCCAGCCUCGGGUGGGGACAGUGACCAGGACAGAGGUUUGGAGGACCGAGGGGAGAGCAGCCCCUGCCCAGCACCAGCAGAGAGAACGCCCAGCUCAGAGCCAAGCUCCAGGAACCUGUCCUGAGCCCUGUUGCUGUCACUCUGGACUGCCGGGAAGGCAUUUGGAUUUUGUUUGUUACUAUUUCUCACUUCACCAUCAUCCUUAACCCAUGGAUCCCUCUGAGCAGAGCUGGAGCAGCUGGGACAGAGCAGGGCUGCUGUGACCUCCCUCCCCUAGGAAAGGCACAGGGGACUGUGGGAAGGUUGGGGGGUUUUGGUUCCCACCCUGCCCCACUAGUGCCCUGGCUUUUCCUGGUCCCCAGUCCCCGGCUUUGCCCCUGCAGCUGUGUUUGCAGUCCAGGUGCUGAUCCCAGGUGGGAGCUGACCUGGGACAGGCCACAGGCCUUGCAGCUUUGUGGUUAGAGUAGGAGCAGAUAGCAGAGUGUCUAGCCCCUAUGGGAGAGUCACAGGGGCGAUUCCUGGUCACCUUUUUUGCUCCUGAGGGGAGGAGCUUUUCUCCAGGCACAAAGUCUGCCCAGGCCAGGGCACAACCAAAGCAGAAAGCUGCAGUUCAGCCCCUUUUUUUCUGUCCUUAAACUUCCCUUGGUGGGUGGGUUGGGAGGUGGAAGGUGCUGUGUCCAGGUGGGAGCUGCCAUCCCAGGAGCCAGGAGUGAUGCUUGGAGGGAGCCGUGCUGCAGUGGGUGUCUGGAGAGGCUCUGUCCUGCACAGCUCUGCUCUGGGUGAGGCAGCUGCUUUCCAGUGCCUUGUCCCUCCCGUGGGACACGUCUGUGUUUAGGAUCAGCCCCAUCCCAGAGGAGAGAGUGGCUCCUCAUGCCUGGACUGUUUGCAUGAGCUGAUUUAGCAAAAAACCAAAACACUAAAAGCCAAGACAUUUCAGCUGGUUUUCCCAUAUUUCCCUGGCAGUGGAGGGGAGGCUGGCACAGCCUGACCUCUCUACCAAGAGGCUGAGCUGGGGGGCUGCCUGUGGACCCCUGCAGAGGGCCAGGUCCAUGCCAGGAUGUGCUGGAAGGAGGGUUUGUGCAGGGAGGUGGAGCAGAGUGAGGCGAGAUGAAGCUCUGGGAGAACCGUGGUGGGACUGGGCAGGGACAGGAGGUGACAUUAGCUCUUGGGGAUGGCUGGGUCCCUGCACAGAUGUCCCCCAGUUCAGUGUUGUCCCCCUACAGCUGAGCAGUGUUUGGAGUCCAUCUCCCUCGAGGGCUCCGUGCGUUUCAGUGUUACCUUGUCAACACGGGGGGGCUCAGAGCCCCCUCCUCACCCCUCUGCCUUUCCCACCUGGGUGCCCCCUUUUUGUUUUUCCUUUUUACCUGGAGCAGCCGUGGUGCUUCUCCAGGGUAAGGGGGAUCCCGUUGUGACCAGCAGGUCCAAUCUUGCUGCUGCCAGCACUCUGAGAAGGGCCCUUGUGGCCAACUGGCCCCCAGCCUCUGGAGCGCCAGGAAUCACCAUCGGCUUUUCAGAGGAGUGGGUGAGAGGGGAAGGGGGGACACCAAACCAAAUGAUUUGAUGAAUGAAGAGUAGAGUUCAUUCUAUUUAAUUAAUGUACAAAAUGUGUUUGUAUAUAAUAAUAAAUAUUAUCUCUUAACAGC